UCCGUUGUAACUGGAUAGAGGAAAAUGUCGUCCGACGCGGUGAGGUACGGUCACUCGGCCUUUGACGAUGAACCGUUAGCCAAUGGAACCAUGGAAGCCGGCAUCAUCUACGGUCAUAUUUUGGACAAUAAUCCGCCAUUGAAGUACUUCUUCGUUGCGGUAUUAAUUCUGCAGAGCAUUUUCGGGACAUGCGGAAAUCUGCUGAUCAUUGGAGCUGUUUUCGCAAUCGACGCCCUACGGCAUACCGGCAAUUUCUUCAUCAUCAAUUUGGCCAUCGCUGACCUGUGCAUCACCGCAGUCGCACAGCCCUCCAACGUUUUUGGAGCGUUAUACGGAGAAAGCUUUUUUGCUCCACGACAGGCUUACUGCUCCGCCGUUUCCACACUGUGUGCUACCGGUUGCCUAUCAUCCUGCUGGAACAUGAUGAUGAUCAGCAUCAACCGGUACACCCUCAUCUGCAAAUGGCCAUAUUAUGAAAAGAUCUAUACCAAGAUCAACACGGGCCUGAUGUGCUUAUUGUGCUGGAUCAUCAUCUACAGCAUCGAAUCGCCGAAUCAUUUGGGUUGGGGGGAUCUGCGCUAUUCCAACGUGUUCUAUCUGUGCACUUUCGCCAACCAUGUCCAUUCCUACGCGCUGUUCUAUAUUCUGGUGGGCGUGGCCACACCGCUGACCAUCACUUUCAUCAUGUAUCUGCAGAUUUACGUGCGGGUGAAGAACUCCAAGAUGACCCGCAGCAUGAUUCUCAGCGGAGCGAACGCGCCAGUCGCUCCGGUGUCGGCUGGCAACACUUCCGGCGCCACUACGGCUUCCGGUACGCAGUCCACAUCAUCUGCACCAACGACUGCGGCAGAACAAUCAAUGUUGGCCAGCGUCACCCAAAAAUUCCAAGAAGACUUAAAGAUCAUCUACGCUCUUUUUCGCGUCUACUUAAUCUUUAUGCUGAUGUGGGCGCCGCUUGUCCUCCUGAUCCUGAUUGGUCAUCCGGAAGAUGAAGAACAACGGCUCCAUCACGGCUGGUACAUCACCUCCCUCAUCAUCGCCCACGGCAACAGCUCCAUCAACUGUCUGGUGUACGCGUACACCAUCGAUCACUUCCGUGCCGGCUACUCGAAACUUUUGGGUUGCCAGUCCAAGACGAAGCUCAGCCGGGUGCGUUCUCGCCGGCAAACCGGGACCGAGUCCUUCAAACGGCGUAAGGCGAUGCCGGACGAGAUGUUCAGCGGAGUACCGGUGACCAGUAAUGCUCUGCUGUUGUCAACGGAGUCCUCCAGUCUGCGCACAGAGGCUAGUAGCGUCUUCGUGCGAUCACCGGUGACGGAGAUAUCACCGCUGGCCGAGAGUGUGGAAACUCGUUCGAGAUUAUUUACAGAAUCGUCGUGCAUUGCAGUUAAACGAGAUUCUUAGGAGUCUAGAUGCUUAAAUGAUUUAUGGUGUAUACUUUAAUUUUCGAUAUUGACGUAGGGUCGAUA